AGAUCUUCUAGUUCAGUCUUAUUACUCCAAGGCGUUGGGAGUCGUAGUCUGCAGCCGAGGGGUAGUUUUUCACGCCUAGGUGCGUUUUUUACCUUGGGCAGAUGCUUUCCUGCCGCACCAACAACGCUGGGAUACGAAAAUGAAAACGCACCAUAACAGAACGAGCUGGCAACCCUCCUCCCUCCGAAAAUAAGGAAUGAAGAGAAAGGAAUGUGCAGGGUUAGCUUUUCUCCACUAUUUACCAGCGUAGUACACAAAUACGAGGCCUAAGGGUUGAGUCAGACGAAGGGGUGAGUGUGAAGCAUACGUACGUGUCUGAAUGCAUGCAACCAAGGAAUAUCGCGUGUGAUGACAUGCCCCCUUCCUUGAUGGUCAAUUGACGAAGGCUGUCGGUGUGUGACGAAGUCGUGCAUAAUGAAAUGGAAUUUAUCAAGUGAAGUUUAGACCGUCUUUAUUCGUCCAGCUAUUUUACAGUGAGUAGUAUUUAACAUGUAUCCAGCAGAUCAUUAGACCUACGGAUAUACAAAAAACUAUACUUGUAUGAGACAAAUGCAGUUGUCUCAUUUUAUUUAAAUCAUCAUUUAAUAGAGCAUUCUAUUUUUAGGUAUUAUGCGAUCCUUUGAAGUAUUUUCCCUGAGAAUACUGAAUUAUGUUUUAAUUAUUGUUAGUAUGUUUAUGCAUCAAAGUAAUUCAUGUCUGUAAAGAGAUGUCAACUUUUAGAGUAGCGUGUAUCUACAAUUACGGAUGACAACAAAUUAAAUACUAACCGGUGCAUCCGGACUGAUUGGCAAGAUAAAUGCUGCAGUCAAAAUUUAAGACAGGCAACAUUAAAUUAUUCAUUCAUGUUGAACAACUAAUUUGCUCAUCACAUUAUUGUACAUGUAAACGGCUACUCAACUUUUCAAUUGUGAUGUCACGUCGUAGAACCGGAAAACAUCAGUUUACUUGGACAUGAAAGGAUCCAUAUGCGGGUAUAUAAGGGACAGAUUAAGAUUGAAUAUUGUUCAUUCGUUUUCAAAUUCAUUAUUAGUUCAGUUCAUGACAAUUUUUGAAAAACGUGUUUUGGUACCAUGAAUUUCCGAGGUUGUAUUUUACUUGUAAUCGCUUCUGUUGCAUUGUUUGUGCAAUCUGAUGCUUGCAUGCAAAAAUUUAAAAGGGCUGGCGAUAUUGACACCUUUACAAAUAAUUGCUUCACGAAAGCUGGAUUUGCUAGUGUUCCAACUCACGAAGACAUGAUGAAACCCGAUUUUGACUUCAAGUGUGCAGCAAAAUGUAUAAUGGGGGCCAUUGAUAUCAUCGACGACCAAGGAAAAAUCGAUAAAGACGUUUUGUCUGAUUUUUUGGCCGAGAAUGCUCCGGAACAGACUCUCUUGAAACUGACAGAAGUGUCGACGGCAUGCGUAGAUUCUUCAGGCAGUGACAAGAUCAGUGGCACAAAACAAGGACAAGGAACCGAGGAAUGUCAAGCCAUUGGGAAAUUUUAUUCGUGCUUUAUCGCCGCUUCGGAUAAAUUUUGUUGAGCUGACCAUCUUCACUACUUCACAUCUUCACUUCAAAGUGACCCACAACAUGUACCCGACGACGCAAAUUAUGUAUAAAGAUUUUAUCAACAUGUUACUUGUUUAUUCUCAACAGAUCUGGCUUUCACUCGCACAUAGUAUGUAACAUUUGCUGGUGUAUAAUUAUAUUUAUGGCUAAUUAAAUGCACAUCGUCAAAUAAAUAUUGCAAGCUAAAAAAGAA